CUCGCAGUGUGGGACAGUGGCGAAUCAGGCGCAGAGGAAGAGCGAGUGGGACGAGGCCAGUGCGUGCGUCAUCCCGCAAUGGCAGUAGCAGGUGGGGGAAAGUCGAUUGCAAGUCAACGCAUAACAGCGGCCAGCUCCCCUUCUUCCACCCUCUGCACCACACCGCCUCUCCUCCAUCUCCCCCGAAUUGCACGCUCCAAUCCCACAAUGAGCACUCGAACCGUCUCCCUCAAGCCUUUUACCGACCAAAAGCCCGGAACCUCCGGCCUACGAAAGAAGGUCAAGGUCUUCCAGCAGGAGAACUACUCCGAGGCUUUCGUGGCCAGCAUCCUCCAGUCCAUCCCUGAAGGUGUACAAGGCUCUUUCCUUGUUGUUGGUGGCGAUGGACGCUAUUGGAACCCUGAAGUCACUCAGCUCAUCGCCAAGAUCGGUGCAGCAUACGGUGUCAAGAAGCUGUUGAUCGGCCAGAAUGGCAUUCUCAGUACCCCUGCCGCUAGCAACAUCAUCAGGAUACGGAAGGCAACUGGUGGUAUCUUGCUCACUGCCAGCCACAACCCUGGAGGUCCUGACGAGGAUUUUGGUAUGAAGUACAAUCUUUCCAACGGUGCCCCUGCUCCCGAGAGCGUCACCAACAAGAUCUUCGAGGCCUCAAAGAACCUCACGUCGUACAAGAUUGCAGACAUCCCCGAUGUCGAUUUGUCCACCAUCGGCACCCAGACUUAUGGUCCUCUCGAAGUGGAAAUUGUCCACUCCACCGAGGACUACAUGACCAUGUUAAGAGAAAUCUUCGACUUUGAUCUCAUCAAGUCGUUCCUUAAGAAACACCCCGACUUCAAAGUCCUGUUCGAUGGCCUGAGCGGUGUCACGGGCUCCUACGGUAUCGACAUCUUCGAGAAGGAGUUCGGUAUCCCCAACAGCACCCAGAACUGCAUCCCCAAGCCCGACUUUGGUGGACACCACCCCGAUCCCAACUUGGUGUACGCAAAGUCUCUUGUUGAUGCUGUCGACAAGAACGGCAUCCACUUCGGCGCUGCAAGUGAUGGUGACGGCGACCGGAACAUGAUUUACGGAGCCAACUCUUUUGUGUCACCCGGAGACAGUCUGGCUAUCAUCGCACACCAUGCAGAGCUCAUCCCUUGGUUCAAGAAACAAGGCAUUUACGGUCUAGCCCGAAGCAUGCCCACCUCUGGUGCUAUUGACUUGGUUGCGAAGAAGAAGGGUGUGCAGUCUUACGAGGUGCCGACUGGCUGGAAGUUCUUCUGUGGUCUAUUCGAUGCAGACAAGAUGAACAUCUGCGGUGAGGAGAGCUUUGGAACGGGAAGCAACCACAUCCGUGAGAAGGAUGGCCUCUGGGCCGUCGUGGCCUGGCUCAACAUCCUUGCGGGUGUUGGCGAGCAAACUGGCACCACGCCUAGCAUUGCAUCCAUUCAGAAAGACUUCUGGAAAACAUACGGCCGUACCUUCUUCACCCGAUACGAUUACGAAGGCUGUGAGACUGAGGGUGCUAACAAGGUGGUUGCCCACGUCAAGGAGCUUAUCACUACCAAGAAGGAUGAAUUUGUUGGCUCGACCGUAUCCGGCCGCAAGGUUCUCGAAGCUGACGACUUCUCCUACACUGAUCUCGACGGAAGUGUAAGCAAGAACCAGGGCAUCUACGUCAAAUUCGACGACGGUAGCCGAAUCGUCGUUCGCUUGUCAGGUACAGGCAGCAGCGGCGCUACAAUCCGUCUCUACGUCGAGAAGUACGAGAACGAUGAGUCCAAGUAUGACUUGGAUGCGCAGGAGUAUCUCAAGGACAACGUCAAGCUGGCGACGGAUCUGCUCCAGCUCCAGGAGCACAUUGGUCGCACUGAGCCCGACGUCAAGACCUAAAUGCGAACAAAGUGCGAACGCAAGAACGGAUUGGGAUACAUUAAUGGCAACACAUUUGACGAGACAUGAAAAGAACGAAUUGAUUGAUUGCGUGGCAGGCCCAAAGCGAAAAAGCAAGCAUGUAGCUCAAUAAUCAUAGACUUUGCUUCUCCCAUUGUAGUUCCAAUAUGUGUCUUCCACGCUUUCUUAGCAACAUGUGAAUGCGACGGGCGACAUCGCUAUGCUGACCCUGUCUACAAUCUGGCAUAACACGGUACAGAAUGAGAGUAUUGUGAAGAAUGGCUGUUGUUUGU